AUGGAGUACAGAAUAUUUUACAUCUCCAAUCCGCUUCUUUUGGAGACAUAUGACCUGAGAUGUGCACAUCAGCAAGACGGGUACAUUUCGUUUGCCUACAAGUUGGAAAGCUGGUUAUACUUUAUGCGUAGAUUCGCUUGUGAAGAUAUCAUACAUAUCUCGUGGCAAAAUGUAAAGUUCUAUUUAAUCCUGGCAAACGAUCCAGGCCUGUUUCCUGGAUAUGCCUUCAUUCCGGGAAGUGUCAAAAUCAUUGCAGAAUGCCUUUUCAAUUUGAGCGGAUCGAAACUGAUGCUUCAAUGUUUGCGGUUUAAAUCGAACUUCAAGUUUUUGGUGCUCAAAAACGCGCUUUCAUAUCCGAUGUCGAUCAACGAGGGAUUGUUGGAAUUUUUCGACAAAGUUAAAUGGCUGCCAUCUGCUGCUAACUCGGAAUUUUUGGCAAACAUCGAUGCAAGCGUGCACGAGGACGAAAUUUCUCCGAUUUUCAAGCUCAAAGUUUGCAAGCUAAUCGAGACCAUGGAGGAGGCGAUGUUUGCUUCAUUCAACCUCGUGUUUCGAGCCUCCAGUAUGAAGGUCGAGGAAAAGGACCCCGAAGUUCUGUCCAAGCUCCAUGUUGAGGCGCCUUCUUUGCUGGAGCAAUUUAUGCGGUCAAUCGAUCAAAUUUCGAAAAUCAGGUCAAAGCUUCGUCUGCUCGCCAGUAAGGGUCUAUUGACGUUCAAUCCGCCAAUCCCGCUUCCCUUUGACUGCUCAAUCAACGUGGUUGAAAUUAUCCCAGGUCUUUACUUGCCUUUAAUUCUAGACUCUCUACACAUAUACAAGAGCCAGCAAUCUCCAUUCCGUAUCUCGUUUGUGUUAGAUACGGGCCAACCAUACUCAAUUAUAUUUAAGGCUGGCGAUAACCUUUCCAUUGAUCGGGGAGUACUUGUGUUCAUCCAAUGGUGCGAGCGACUGAUAUCAAAAUAUCUGGAGGAGCCGGGCUUCUCGGUACGCAAAUACAACGUUCUCCCCAUUUCUUCUCACCCUCGUCUUGAGGGAAUCAUAGAAUGCAUUGAUUCUGAAAAUCUGGCCGCAAUCUUGGACAGAGAUGACUACUCGUUGAUUCCAUAUUUUCUCCGGAAGCUUUCCGAUUCCUUUGAUUUCCAGCAAACGCAAUUGGGCCCCGAUGGCCUCCUCCCGUUUAUACGGAACUUUAUCGACUCUUGCGCAUUUUAUUGCGUCAUCACGUUUGUUCUUGGCGUUGGCGAUAGGCAUUUGGAUAACAUUUUGCUUUCCAAAGAUGGUAAGAGCAAGUCGGUUCGCUUAUUAGGGCAUUUAGGCGAGCUAUUCCACAUCGAUUAUGGCUAUUUGUUUGGAAGAGAUCCAAAACCAUUCGCACCUCAAAUGAAGCUGUGCAAAGAGAUGGUGGAGCCGCUUAAAAUGAAAAUCUCGAUUUUCACCUGCAACAAUGACAUGGCUGAGGGAGAGUUGUAUCCGAUAUUUGAAAACAGGUGUCUUCAAUUUUUUUCCAUCCUUCGAAGAAACACUCGUGAACUUUUGGUUGCCUUGAAGGGAAUCACCCUUGUGGAUAACUUUUCCUGCGUCGGCGGCUACAAUGUGGACCCAGAAGAAUUUGUAUUGAAAAGACUGUAUAUAGAGGUUGCAAUUGCAGACCCCAAUCCCCUCUUUAAACACACGGACCGCUCCAUUGAUUGCUUCGAUGAUUUUCUUUAUGUAUACAACGAAGAAAAAGCCCUUGAAAAGUUCCAGAAAGACAUUCAAGAGGCCAUAAAUAAUUUAUUUCCCAAGGUUAUCGAUACCCUUCACAGGUGGUCGCAAUAUUGGAAAAAAUAA